CUUUGGGAUUGGCUCAUUCAUUUGAAUCAUUUCUUUAGUGAACUGUGGAGCGAAAAAUCGCCCCAUUUCGGAGUAUUCAAAAAUGGAGGUCACCAAAUUCAAGAGGCCCCAAUCUUUGCCCGCCAACUACGUCACCAUCAACGAUCUCAAGGAGCGCUGGCUCAGAGACCAGGAACGAAAACAGAAGGAGGAAGAACGACGGCAAGAGGAGAAGAAACGACAGGAAGAGGAGGAAAAACGACGACAAAAGGAGGAGGAACAACGAGAAGAAAAGCUCAGGCAGCGGAAGCUCCGAGAAGAGGAGGAAAAACGACGACAAGAGGAGAAGGAACGGCGAGGAGAAGAGCUCCGGCAGCGGAAGCUCCGAGAAGAGGAGGAAAAACGACGACAAGAGGAGAAGGACCGGCGAGAAGAAGAGCUCCGGCAGCGGAAGCUCCGAGAAGAGGAGGCGAAUCAGAAGAAACAAAAGGCCGUCGUUUGGAAACCCGAAACCGGUUCCAAGCCUAGGUAUGGUCGUAAUCGGGGACAGUGUCGGCCGGUUAAUCGGAGCGUUUCGGGGCGCGAGGGGGCUGAGCUGGAGGGGAAAAAAAGCGAGGAAGAAGAGCCCAAGGAUAACGCCAUCGUUAAGAGAACAGAAGCGGAUGACAAGCCGAAGAAUCGCGGUAAUCGGCUAGAGUUUCGGCCGGUUAAUCGGAGUGUUUCGGAAUGUGAGGGUGCUGAGCUGGAGGGAAAAAGAAGCGAGGAAGGAGAACCGAAGGAAAGCGGCGUCGUUUGGAGAACCGGAACCGGUAAUAAUCCGAGAAAUGAGACACAGUUUCGGACGGUGAAUCGAAGUGGCCGGGCACCCUUGUUGGAGGGGAAAAGAAGCGUGGAAGAAGAGGCGAAGCAAAAUGCCGUAGUCCAAAGAACCCAAACCGCUAACAAGCCGAGGAACCGAAGUGAUCGGGGACAGUUUCGGCCGGUUAAUAGUGGUGGUCGGGCACCCUCGCUGGAGGGGAAAAGAAGCGAGAAAGAAGAGCUUAAGCAAAACGCUGUUGUUCAGAGAACCGAAGCCGCUAACAAGCCGGGGAACCCAAGUGAUCGGGGACAGCUUCGGCCUGUUAAUCGGGGUGAUCGGGUACCCUCGCUGGAGGGGAAAAGAAGCGAGGAAGAAGAGCCGAAGCAAAAUGCCGUCGUUCAGGGAACCAAAAUCGAUAACAAGCCGAGGGAUCGAAGUGAACGGGGACAGUUUCGGCCUGUUAAUCGGGGCAAUCGGGGCAAUCGGGCACCCUCGCUGGAUGGGAAAAGAAGCGAGCAAGAAGAGCUGAAGCAAAACGCCCUCGUUCAGAGAACCAAAAUCGAUAACAAGCGUCAUCGGGCACAGUUUCGGCCAGUUAAUCGUGGUGUCUCGGAGCGUGAGGGUGCUGAGAUGGAGGGGAAUGGAAGCGAGGAAGAACAGCCGAAGCAAAACGGCGUCGUUCAGAGAACCGAAACCGAUAUCAAGCCGAGGAAUCGGAGAGAUCGGGGGCAGUUUCGGCCGGUUAAUCGGGGGGUUUCGGAGCUCGAGGUUGCUGAGCUGGAGGGGAAGAAAAGCGAGCGAGCAACCAGAGGAGAAGAAGAAAUGGACGAAGAAGAAGAAGCAGAAGGGUAACAAGAAGUGGAAGAAGAAUGCUAGGGAAGAUAAGGAGGAGGUGACUGAGAAGGAAGGUGGAGUGGAUGCGCAUACAGCAAGUGCCGAGAAGGAAAGUGAUCGGGCGACUGGAAAGGAAGAACAGGGAGUAGGAAUAGAAAUUGAAACUGAAAUUAGGGCAAAGAGCGUGAAUGUGGGUCCGGUGACGGAGAUGGUGCCCAAAUUUGGGGGUUUAUCGGUGGAUGGUGAGGCCGGAAAGGGGGAUGAUCAGCUGAGGAGGUGGACUGGAGCUGAUGGCCUCGGUAAUGGUGAAAUUAGGGGUUAUGGUAAGAGAGAUGGCCGCUUUGAUUUGCAGAGACAGAGAGGUUCUGGGUUUAGGGUUUGGGUUAAGAAAGGUGAGGUUGCUGACGGCAAUGGUGGCGGAGUUUAGAGCUUGGAGGGGAGUAAUGCUGUUUCUGGUCCGAGUGGAACAUGUUUGAAUGCAAGUUCACUGAAGUUGGCUGGGAAGACGAGCUAGAAUUAUCCAACAAAGAGGGGGCGAAACAGAUCUGAACCAGAACUUGUCGCGCUGAUGCAGUGGUUUAGUUGAUGACUUGUAAAUGCACCGGAUGACAUUCAUAUUUCGGUUUGUUGAUUGAUCUAAUCAUUAUUCGGGUACUUUUACUUGAUUAUUGAUCAUGAUUUCGGGUGGAACUAAUCGUGAUCUCGGCAUUUGAAUUUCAUGUCUGAAGAGAUGGUGAUGUUCUGUUAUCAAAAUGUGUUGGUAUUUUCAUGAC